UUAUCGAGUAUCGACGAGGUUCAGGUCGGAUGAAUGCAACUUAAAUGUGAAAAGAUCAGUUAAGUAUCGGAUUUAGAACCACAUAUCCAAGUGGCCUGAGUCGCAUUCGAAAAAAUCCGAUCUGUGUUGUUCAGACUGUCAGGAAAAGAUCAGAUCCGGGUUGGAUUAAGGCAAAAAAAAAAAAAAAAAAAAAAGAGUCGGAUUUGGAUCAUUGCGGUGUGAAUGUAGCAUAAAGCAGCUACAAAACUUAUUUACGACUUCUGCUGGUGGCUGAUUUGCCCGAUCAAAAAUCGACCUGAGAGUCAGGAUGAAGGGGAGAAAGCCAGACAGUUUUUGUGCAUGAAGCCCAAGGAUCCAUGAAUUUGUUCUCAAUCAACCCCCGACACAAACAUCUUUAAGUAGAUUACCCCGAGAAGACCUGUCGGGAGAAGAAGUGCACCGAUGCAGGGAGUAUAUCUGAGCAGACUGCAGAGCAGCAGGCGGCUGCUAACAAGGCUAACUGCUGAUUAAGGUCAGCGGUGAUGCAGCACAGAGACAGGGUGACUAAUAGAUGUCAAACAGCGCCUCGGCCGUCAUCCAUCAACCCCAUACAGCCCUGAUCUUUGUUUAAAUCAGGAUAUAAGACUCGUGAAAUUGAUUCCAUAAAAAAAAUGCACUUUGAAACUUAUAGAGACAACAAGCCGCAGAGCUCUCUGAUCCUGUUCAGGUGUAAACCUGAACUUCCCCUCAGUUUGAGUCCAGUCAUGUGACCUGCAAGCCAGACUGAACAUGUGGCGUCCCACACAGAGAGAGGACUAAUGAGCAGGAGCUUCCAGACAGGAAACCCACUUUUAGCUGGGAUCUCCCUGACACGUGUGGGAAACCUGCUAUCGUUUUCAUCAAUUGGUCUGAAAUAUGAGGAGGCCAAAUAUAUUCACCAGAGGAGAGUCAACGUGAGGAAAACUCUGAUCACGUCUGACAGAGAUUCAAAGAAAUUACCUCAUGGAUGCGUGGGAGCAGUGGGCUGAGAGCUGCAGCGAUGAAGAAGGCAGCGACUCAGAGGACUUCCUGUGUGGAAACCAAGAGAGCUGUGCCACUGACCUUUAUCACCAGCUGAAUGCAGACAUGGCAUCCGUCCGGUCUUUGUACUCAGAUGCUGCCGUCUCUGUCAGGGAAUACCCAUCAAUUGGUGGCAUGGAUGUGGAGCUGAACAUUAACCCCAACAUUGUGGAUGUGGAAGUGGCUAAAGCCUGGAGGAUUAAUCCAUCAGAGCCGAUCAUCAUCCGGCUGCACUUCUUCCCUUCUCAGUAUCUGGACGGACCCGCUCCCUCUGUGGAUGUUUUCCAACCAUCCAAUAUUGAUGAUUUCAGUAUAGGAAGACAACUGCAAAAUAUUCUUAGAGUCUUCAUAUCUCAGGAGUGGAAACAUCUGACCAACGACAGCCCUGUUGUCCAGAGAAAGAGCAGACACAACUGGUACCGACCCAGCGGCACCAUCAAGAAGUUCAGCGCUCGAUUCAGCGUUUGGUUACCACCUUCAAAGCCAAAUGAGAUGCAGGAACCGACUGGCAAAGAAAGGAAUGCAAUGAAACAUAAUCACUUCACCAGUCAAACAACUUCUUAUGACAUAAAGAACUCAACGGGAGAACUGUUCACUUACACAGCUGGAGGAAAGAGAGUGAUGGUCUCAGCUGUCAAAUCUUCAGCACAUCUGAGCACCAAACAGCUGGUGGAGCUGCUGUUCACCUCCCAGGCCAUCAAACACUGUAAAAGCACGCCGACCCUCCAGCACGGCUUCUUAGUACAGAUAAUGAGGUACGCUGAGCAGAGAAUCCCAACGCUGAAUGAAUACUGCGUUGUUUGUGACGAGCGGCAUGUUUUCCAAAAUGGGCCGAUGCUUAAGACUGCAGUUUGCACCAGGGAGCUUUGCGUAUUUUCCUAUCACACGCUGGGAGUUAUGUCUGGAGCUACAGAAGAGGUCGCGACUGGUGCAGAGGUGAUCGACCUGCUGGUGGCCAUGUGCAGAGCUGCCCUUCAGUCGUCCCGAAAAAGCAUCAUAUUUGAACCGUACCCCUCCGUUGUUGAUCCGUGCAACCCCAAAACUCUGGCCUUUAGCCCCAAGAGGAAGAGUUAUGAAAGGCUGCAGAAAGCUCUGGAUGGUGUGUUGCUAAUCAGGAGGAUGGCUCAGGGUCCAUAUUCUGAGAUAAAGAAGCAAAUGGACAAGAUAGACCCCCUCUCUCAUCCUUUACUACAAUGGAUUUUAGCAAGCAACAGAUCACACAUCGUCAAGCUUCCACUCAACAAGCAUCUGAGGUUUAUGCGCACACCCCAUCAGUUCCUGCUGGUCAGCGCUCCUCCGUCCAAGGAGGUUCGCUUUCAAACUGCCAGGAAAUUAUACGGCAGCACUUUUGCUUUUCACGGUUCUCACAUUGAAAACUGGCACUCCAUCUUGAGGAAAGGCUUAAUCAAUGCGUCGUACACAAAAUUACAGCUUCAUGGAGCUGUUUAUGGUAAAGGCAUCUAUCUGAGUCCCAUUUCAAACAUAUCUUUUGAAUAUUCGCACAUGGGAAAAAGUCAACACCAAAUACCAACCAGAGAGGAACUCAAAAAGAAAUACAACCGGAUAAAUAAAAUCAAACAGGAGGAACCAGGACAACCAAGGUUUCUGCAAAGCAGUAAUCUGAGCUGCAUAGCACUUUGUGAAGUGAUAACCUCAAAGGCUCUUCAGAAGCACGGAAACAUUUGGGUUUGUCCGGUGUCCGAUCAUGUGUGUACACGCUUCCUCUUUGUGUAUGAAAACGGUCAGGUGGGAGACGUGCACAUCAACACCCAAGAUGCACAAAUCCAGACGGAAAUUUUACAAGCAACUGGUUCAAAGCCAAGCUGAGAAAGCCCUAGUGCACAUGCCUUCUGGUGAACCUACACACAUCUACUGGAAACCAGAAUAACUUUAGUAGUUAAGCUGUAAACGGCAAAUAUUUUAUAUUUUCAUAUAUAUUUUUACAGUAUUUCAUUACUGUGUUUGACAGAUCCUAUUUUUU